CUGCUACAACACGAAGAUGAAUUAGUUGUAGGAAACUCAGCAUUAAGUCUCAGUCAUUGUCUACAGGUACCGAAAUCUGGUGCAGCCCUGACUAAAACAGACAUCAUAAAAGAUUUAUUAGUUAUUAUACAAGAUGUUAAAAACACUGACGUUAAACAAAACUGUGCAAUAUUACUGGGAAAACUAGCUCAAAAUGAUAAAAGGCAUUUAGAAAGAUUAAGAGAGCUUCAUGGAAUAGAGAUUUUAAAUUCUUGUAUGAAAUUCAUAAAAUAA